AUAUAUUAUAUAUAUGUUACUAUGAUUUAAAUUUAAUUAUAUAUCAUAUCAAAUAGAAAAAUAUUUUUUUGAUUUAUAAAAUUUAUUUAUAUGUUCGCACCAAUUUAAUUAUAUAAGUAGUAGAUAAUGACUUUUUAAUUAUUCAAUAUAUAUUUAUUAUUUCAAAAUAUGUUAUAAACAUAUAAUAUAUAUAUAUAUAUAAUGUUCAUCCCGCGCAAGGCGUGGGUCUUAACCUAGUGGAUUAGUAAAACAGAUCAACAUUAAACUUUUGACACUAUUUCCCUAAUACAUCUGAUAAAUUUUUUUAAAGAAAUUGGAGUUUAUCAGCUUGAGGUGUGCAUCAGUGCAUAACUUAGUAAACAAAAUAUUUACUAAGAUUAGACCAAAAAAUAUAUAUUUACUAAGACAAAAAUCACAAAAAUAAGAAUAAAAUGGAAAGAGAUCGACACACAGGGUUCAGCCACGAUUGAGAAGUUACAUGUUGGCUUCUUAAUUUCUGUAUCUAAGGUGGAUAAAAUGAUGGCUCCCUCACGUGCUUCAGAGUCUAGCUAGAUCCAAUGCUAACUUAGAACUCGUCAUUUCACUCAUAUACCAUUUCAGAUUAUUAAGCAGGGCAUACACCAUUUGUUUUCUUUUUAAAAAACUUUCAAUGUUGGUUGAGGAGGUAAGCGUUGUCAAGGCACGUCUGUGAUCGAUAUUUUCUUUAAAAGGAAAAAACUCUAAAUCAAUUAAUUAUUACAAGCCUGGUUAUUGCAGAAAGCAAUCAAGCUAUGUUGACGUUGCCGUCAAUGGGGGCGGCUAUUACCGGAAAAAGGAAAUUUUCUGCCAGUUCGAAGGAAAUAAAAGGAAUGGUUCGAAGCCUUCUGAAAUAAACAACUUAAGAUUUGAUUGGUAACAUACAUGACUGCAAAACAAUUACAGUGUGAUUUAAUAAUAAUAAAACAUAUAAAUAUAUAUGUAUAUGUAAAGAUAUAUAUAUAUAUAUAUAUAUAUAUAAAGUUUUGUUACUAUUAACAACCCAUUCGAAACCUAGGUUCGGAGUUUCCAAAAAUCUUCAUAGCGAAACAUCAAUAACCUGCCACAUUCAGUGCACAAUAAAAAAUAUAUAAUUUGUCAUUGUCAUUAGAGAAAUCUUUUGUUUUCGGUUUUCAAUUUCUUUUGUCAGCGUUUGAGGAAAACAUUAAGAGUGUGACUAAAAACUUUCAGAGUAAAUCAGAUAAAUAAAUAAAAUGGUAAUGAGAGAAAAAUGAAGAAAGAUAAUCACUCCCAUAAAACCUAGCGCAGUGAUAAGAGUAAGAGUAUGAUUGCUAAUCUUUAGAGUAAAUAGAUGAAAAUAACAUAGUGUAAACAAUAGAAAAAAUUAGAGUGUUGAUUGCUCUAAUAACCUUUUGACAUUUGCCAAAAAAAAACUAUUCACAUUAUUUCUCUAAUAAAUCUGAUGUUUUUUUCUUUAAAAUAUAACUUUUAAAUAAAUGUGAGAAUUAAAAAGAUUUAUUAAGACAAAAAAAAUAAUUAAAAUAAAAAAGACAUACAAAUACGGUUGUAGCUGCGCUUAAGAAGCUACAUGUCGGCAAAAGGUGAUUGAAGUCGCCCACGUUCUUCUGAGAAAUUACCGAAACUAAUUUGCUUAUUUUUGUUUUAUUAAUUUCAAAGACGCGAGAAGGAGGUUGUGUAUAAAUACGGAGGUCGACCCCUCCAAGAAACAAAAACAUAGAGGAACAAAAAAAAAACAGAUAGAAAGAAACCCUUCUGUGUUUCAAACCCUAGUUUUUUUUUUUUUUUUUGAUUACAGAUCUGUAUUUUGUGUGAAAAAAUGAAGAAGAAACCGGUGGGGUUUAGGUUUAGUCCUACGGGACUGGAACUGAUCAACCAUUACCUCAAGAACAAGAUUCUUGAUAAACCAUGGCUUGUCGACGAAGCAAUUAACGAGAUCAACAUCUGUGCUCACGAUCCAAAGUUCUUGCCUUCGUUAUCGAAGCUGGAAUCAAAGGAUCUUGUAUGGUACUUCUUCUGUCGAAGGGAGUACCACGUAUCUGAGAAGAAGAAGGGAACGAAGAGGACAACACCUUCUGGGUAUUGGAAAGCUACUGGUGUUGAUCGGAAGAUCAGGGAGAAGGGUGUUGAGAUCGGGAUCAAGAAGACGCUUGUCUACCAUGAAGGUAAAUCAACUAAUGGUGUUUGGACUCCUUGGGUCAUGCACGAGUAUCACAUCACUUCCUUGCCUCCUAAUCAGAGGAACUAUGUUAUCUGCCAAGUAAUGUACAAGGGUGCUGACGGAGAUAGUUUGUACGGUAAUAACUCCAAUGAGUUAAGCCACUCCACCAUGGUCUCUGACUUGAAUACUGUCAGAGAGAUUAACACUGCCCCUGAGGUUGAGCAACCAAGGGAAGAAGAUUUCUACAUGUCUUGGGAUGAUUUGGCCAACCCACUGAACGAGCAGGAUGAUCCCUCUCUAUUCAAUCCAGACACGUUUUUCAUCGACUACUGCCCUUACCAGCAGCAGCCGCAAGCUCCCUGCGAUGAUGAUUAUAUUAGUAAACUGCUGAGUUUUAACGGAGGGAAUCAUGCUGAUGUACUUGGAGAUCUAGACAUCACAAUGCAAGAGCACCGCAACGAUCACAGGCCAACGAAAGCUUUGACAGGGAUCAUUGUUGAUUGUAGCAGUGAUAACGAUGCUAAAUCCAUAUCUGCAACGGUAAGCAUGUUAGAACCAAUUAUUAUAAAUUUGACAGGUUUGUCCACACAAAUUUUUAUUUUACUUUUUAUAAAUAAAUAUUUAUUUUACAUACAUAAUAUAUAUUUUAAAAAUUUAUCACUACUAAAUAAUUGUUUAAUAUGAUAUUUUUAAACAUAAUAAUAUUAUAGUUUAUAUCUGCAACGGUAAGCAUGUUGGAACCAACUAUUAUAAAUUUGACAUGCUUGUCCGCGCAAAUUUUAAUUUUACUUUUUAUAAAUAAAUAUUAUUUAAUAUAUACAUAAUAUAUAUUUUAAAAAUUUAUCACUGCUAAAUAAUUAUUUAAUAUGAUAUUUUAAACACAAUAAUAUUAUGGUUUAUAUUUGCAACGGUAAGCAUGUUGAAACAAAUUAUUAUAAAUUUGACAUGUUUAUCCGCGCAGAUUUGAUUUUACUUUUUAUAAAUAAAUAUUUAUUUUAUAUACAUUAUAUAUAUUUUAAAAAUUUAUCACUGUUAAAUAAUUAUUUAAUAUGAUAUUUUUAAACACAAUAAUAUUAUAGUUUAUAUCUGCAACGGUAAGCAUGUUGGAACCAAUUAUUAUAAAUUUGACAUGUUUGUCCGCACAAAUUUUGAUUUUACUUUUUAUAAAUAAUAUUUAUUUUAUAUACAUAAUAUAUAUUUUAAAAACUUAUCACUGCUAAAUAAUUUUUUAAUAUGAUAUUUUAAACGUAAUAAUAUUAUAGUUAAUAUUGAGUAAUUUUAUUUUAUUUUUUGAAUCAUUAAGUGCAUCAUUCACAUUUAUAGAGUACGAUCUGCGUAUUUGUACAUGUAUAUUUUUAUUCUUUAAUAGAUCGAAAAAUUCAUGUAUGAUUAAAUUGUUAUAUAUAUUAUUUAAAUUUGUUGCUAUGUAUUUUACCCGGACCCGAAAACCCAAACAGAAAAUGAUCCACAAAAAAAGAUUUGGGUCGGGUACGAAUAAUGGUUUAAUAUGAUAUUUCUAAACACAAUAAUUUUAUAGUUUACAUUGAGUAAUUUUAUUUUGUUUUUCAUUCAUUAAAUGCAUCAUCCACAUUUCUACAAUAUGAUAUGGUCAUCUGAACAUAUGUAUUUUUAUUCUUUAGUGGAUCAAAAAUUUAAUGUAUGAUUUGAUUGUUAUAUAUUAUUUAAAAUUCGGUGCUAUUUAUUUUAUACCCUUUGACAUUUUAUUGGAUUCGUCCGAUUAACAAUAUUAUAAGGCGCAAACGGUUAUGCUGAAUAACAUUAGAAAAUAGAGAGUUACCAUUAACAAUUAUGUUGAAUUAAAUUUAAAUAUCAAGAGUUACAUUAAAAAAUAUCAAAA